CCGCUGCUGUGGUGGGGAAUGCCUGUGAGUAUUUCCUGUCCUAUGACUCCUGCUUCUGCUCUUGCAACUCCGUCUGGCUUUUGCUCAAACCUGGGAAUAACCCUAAUGAUAGAUGGGUCUCUGAGAAGUAUAGAAAAGUACAGCAUCAAAGUAAAUGAGAAGUGGGUGCCACUUGUAUCUGACACAUGUGCCCAUCUUAUGGACUCCGCAACAGAAAACCUGAUCCUCUUUAUUCCUUUCACAGUGCAGUGUGUUAAGGAUGGCGGCAGCACUCUUCAAAUCCUUUUGGAUAAGAAAAUGUAUACUCUUUCUUGUCAGCCUCAUCAUCUUCCCUACUACCCUCAGUAUAAUCCCUCUGUACCAUACUCUCGGGUUAUCCCACUUGAGCCUUCUCUCACUAAACCUGAAAUCGCCAAAAUGGAACAACCCCAACACCAUAUUUUGCUUUCUUCUGAGCAAUCAACCCCACAUGCUGCCACAGGAGAAAUCAUACAGCACCCAUCUUUAGAGUCACAUGACAUUGCCCAGGUGUCUGUUCAGGGUCAUUCUUCUGAAACUCCCACAACAAAAAUCUCACCUUUUCAGUCCCCUUCUGGGAAUUUGCAGCUGACCAUGCCUAUGGUGCACCCCCCUUAUCAACAUUUUUCUCAUCCCAUAUACCCUUACUACCAUUAUUUUUAUAAUCAAAAACUCAUUCCACCAGAUUCACAUGUACCUAAACAUACAUCAGAACUAAACCAAACUCCAAAGCCUCAGAUGGGACCGUGGUCUCAGACAGGAGCCUGGCUUCAGAUGCUUCAACUUCCUCAGGUGCCCCAGAAUCAACCUCUUCAGAUGCUUCAUCUUCCUCAGGUGCCCCAGAUGCUUCAACUUCCUCAGGUUCCCCAGAAGCCUCAACUUCCUCAGGUUCCCCAGAAGCCUCAACUUCCUCAGGUUCCCCAGAAGCCUCAACUUCCUCAGGUUCCCCAGAAGCCUCAACUUCCUCAGGUUCCCCAGAAGCCUCAACUUCCUCAGGUUCCCCAGAAGCCUCAACUUCCUCAGGUUCCCCAGAAGCCUCAACUUCCUCAGGUUCCCCAGAAGCCUCAACUUCCUCAGGUUCCCCAGAAGCCUCAACUUCCUCAGGUGCCCCAGAUGCCUCAACUUCCUCAGGUGCCCCAGAUGCCUCAACAUCAUGUAUUUCCAGUGCUGGCAAAUGAUUCUUCCCAGUUGUCUCCAGUGCUUACCUGUAAAGGGGAUCGUUUGAGAGCAUCUCUGCCCUUUACAAAAAUAAAUUCCAUCAAAGUCAAAGAUGUGAAGAGGAAGGUUUGGGUGCCGGUGUCUUCUGCUCCAGCACACUGUGGAUAUUCCCUGCAGCGUAAAGGCAAGGGUGUGGUUUUCACCUCCCCGCUUCCUGCCUGUCACUCAUAUGAAUCGUCCCCUUCGCUACUAUCUCUUUCUCUGAAGUUCUGGGAUUCUGCAAUACCGAGACACCGUGCUUUACGACUCCAGUGUCCCUACAACUCAACCUCUCCCACUAUGACGGACUCCUCCAGCCUCCUGCACAAACCCAUUUCCACACAUUCCCAACCAGCCAGAAAUGGAAUCCGGCCUUCCCGUCCUCAGAAACUCUUAGGCCUGUAUUCCAAGCCAUCAUCUCUACAGUCUCAAAAUCCUAGUGUCCCAUUUUUGUCUUCCGCCAAACCAACAGCGGCAUCUUUCCAACAGUCCAAAGAUACAAAGCCAACUUCAUGGACGACCCAAACCAAACCCUUGACAGCUCAAAUGCAGCAACCACAAGUCUUAUGCCACGCUAAAGAUAUGAGCAUCACAUUUCCUCCUGGGCCAAUCACAGGCCUGACCGUUAAAUCUCCAAUUGUUGGCGUUGAUGGAAGUAUCGAGGAAAUGCUGUUAGAUGAAGCCCCAAGUCACUGUGGAUACAUGAUAAAGAAGAACCAAGAUGGUGGUAUUACCAUUCUCCUGCCCUACACAUCCUGUCACAUGGCUCAUCAGGAUGAACAGUACCGAAUAGUGCUGAAGUAUCAUACAGCGGACGGUCAUACAAAUGAGGCCUCCCUGUCAUGCCAAGUUCCCAUGAAUCAUGAAUGCAGUCUGCCACCUGAACAGCGGUUAGCCUGCGGAUCCAACUCUGUUUCAGCAACUGAAUGCCAUAAUCUAGGUUGCUGUUUCUCCCCGGAUACUCAGACCUGCUACUACCCUAUGGAUGAAUGCACAGCCGAUCGGCACUUCGUCUUCUCCAUCCCUGCGUCACUCACAGAACCGCCCCUUUCACCCGCCCUCCUGGCUGCAGCUGGAAACAGCUCCUGCACUCCUCAGAGGGUGGUGGAAGACAUGGCUCUAUUUAAGAUCCCGUUGGAUGGCUGUGGUGCUCACAGAUAUGAAGUGGGUAACACUGUGAUCUAUAUGCUGGAGAUCUUGAACACUUUGCACUCUGUUACUCUCAACUACGGAACCAUAACCAGAGACUCACCAUUUAGGUUGUUGGUAGAGUGCCGGUUUCUGCCUGGCAUCGUGACGAGUGUGGGUUACCUGGUUAAAAGCCCAUCUCUCGGCCCAUCCAUUCAGGCAAAGGGUGUGUUUGGAGUUCAGCUCAGGAUUGCAAAAGACCAGCAGUACAGUAGCUACUACCCACAAUACCACCGGCCCCUGCGCAAGCUGCUGGGGAAACCCCUAUACCUGGAGGUGCGCCUGCUGAACCCUUUAGACCCCAGUACGGUGUUGUUGGUGCAUUACUGUGUAGCGUACCCUCGCUCAGCGCAUUCAGCAUGGGUCCUCAUCUAUGAUGGUUGCCCAAACCCCCUUGAUGUCACACCAUCUCAUGAACCCCCUCCCGCUCCUCCUGAAGGACUGGCCAAUCAUGUGAGGCGAUUCACUGUCAGUACUUUCCAGUUCCUGGAAAACAGUAGGAAGGAAACGACAUCUGGUGGGGAGGAGGAGGAGGAGGAGGAAGAUGAGGAAGAGGUCUAUUUUAUGUGCGCCACUGAGGUGUGUUUACCCUCUGAAGGUCCGUGUGUAGAAGGCUGUAUUGACCGCGCUGUAGAUUCCCCAGCAGUGAAGUCAUGAACUUGAUGUCACUCAGUAAUGCUCAGAAUAACUGCUUUGUGCAUCACAAACAAAUAAAGGUUAAAAAACGCAAGUGUGUGGCUAGUUUAUUAUUAUUAAUAAUAA